AUGUUGAGCCAAUUCUCAGAUAAUCUGCAAGCUCAGCCACACAAAGUGAAACCCACCGAGUUCUUGAUGGAUGAAAUCAAGAUCCUUGACGAGUGUAAAUGCGUUGGAUUGCCUAAUUUCAUCCCGAGAUCAGCGUUCUUAGCUAUCCUCUCACAACAUGUCGAUGGAAUUCGAACGAAGCCAGUAGAUUUCAUCAAGAAGAUCUGGGACUACAUUGAAACUGUUCUCUCAUCAGUGAUAACAAAACAUUCUGAAAACUUUCCCCAGAUUCAAUCCUCGAACAAACGUGCUGGUCGAAAUCUAAUCUCUAAGAUGAAGGAGCAAUCUGUAAACAGAGUGGCUGAGAUCGUUGAGAUGGAGAAGCUUACUGAUUACACAUGUAAUCCAGAUUACAUGAAGUCGUGGACGGAGAAGACAGCUUCGCAGGAGAAAUUCAUCAAUUCCGUGUUGAACGAUGAGAAGAAAUCCAAAAAGUUCUCUUUGACUGGAUUCGGGGAUGUGGAGAUCUCGCAUCUGCGGAAGUAUCAUGCUCAUCUACUGCAGCAGGCGUUCGAUAUGAAGAUGAGGAUCACUUCGUACUGGACGAUCGUUCUGAGGAGGAUUGUGGACAAUCUCGCGCUGUUUCUUCAAUUCUCCGUGAAGAAUCUCGUCAACGCUCAUUUUCAGAAGGAGAUUGUCGCGGAAAUGGUGGAUCCGAAAGCUGGAGAUGGGAUUCAGAGGAUGCUGGAGGAAUCUCCGUCGGUGGCGAGCAAGAGGGAGAAGCUGAAGAACAGUAUCAAGCUCCUCAAGGAGUCCAAAGAUGUCGUGGCGAGGAUCGUCGAUCAGAAUUCUGGGUACGGAGAUCGUUGA